GAGACAGAGAGACAGAGGGAGAGAGAGCCAAGUACUGCGACUAGUCCUUGCAUACUUCGCCUCUAAAUCCACCGCCGGAACGCCAUCUUCUCCGCGCUGCCUGAUUGCGAUUCGCGACGCUGGUUUCGCUCUCUGCAGCUCUCAGGCGAAUGAGCUCUUGGAGCUCGCUCCUACUACUCAUUCGGAGCUUUUGCUGAGCUUGGUGCCGUCCGAAUCUGGUCUCCCGGGUCGAGACGUUUCCGUCGGUGCAAAUGCGUUUCGCUAAGCUUAUCGAUCGGUUCAGGAGCACUCAAGUCCACGCCUUGAACCCUCCCGACCCCGCUCACCCGAGCACCUCCGGCGACGCCGCCGCCGCCGCCGCCGGAGGAGGUAAGCUGAACGGGCACUUCUUCAAGUUCAUUGGGUCGAAGCCGAAACCGGGUCAAUCUGCUUCGUUGGCUCAGUCUCUUCUUCUCGCUUAUGGACUCCCUACGGUUGACCUCAUCGAGCCCCCGAUUGAGCCCUUCCUUAAGCCGAUUAAUUUCGUGGAGGCCUUGGCCGAUGUGUACCGGCGACUCGAGAAAUGCUUCCCAUCGGAUAAAGCGUCCGCGUGUGUCGAGCAGUACUCGAUACUGCGGGGCCUUGGCGACACGAAGCUGCUCCGCCGGUGCCUGCGGGCUGCGCAGCUAGGCGCGACCGAUGUGCACACCAAGCUUGUGCUCAAUGCGUGGUUAAGGUUCGAGAGGAGAGAGGAUGAGCUGGUGGGUUUCCAUCCGCUGCGAGGUGGGGAUGGGAUGUCUGAAUGUCCAGACUCCAAUUUGAUAUGUGGUUGUGGUUCUGACUCAAUCUGCUCUUGUCAGUAUUGUGAAAAAAUGAAUGCGCUGGACAAUGUGCAUACGCUUGACGAGAAUGGAAAUUUUAGUGAAGAGGAAGAGGAGGAAGAUGUUCUAUUUCGUGUUGGUGAUGAGGAGGUCCGCUGUGUUAGAAGUAAAUUUGCAGCUUUAUCCCCUCCCUUCACUGCCAUGUUGUAUGGUAAUUUUGCUGAAUCUAAAGAGGCAAAGAUUGAUUUCUCUCUCAAUGGGAUCUCUGCUGAGGGAAUGCGGGCUGUCGAAAUAUAUAGCAGGACUAAAAGGUUGGACCUUUUUGGGCCUGAGAUUGUUUUGGAGCUACUUUCUUUCUCAAAUAAAUUCUGUUGCGAGGAGAUGAAAUUGGCAUGUGAUGCUUAUUUAGCUUCACUUGUUAGCAACCUCGAUGAUGCCUUGAUUCUCAUCGAGUACGGUUUAGAGGAAACCUCCUAUCUUCUCGUAGCAUCUUGUUUGCAGGUGUUGCUUAGUGAGCUCCCAAGGUCACUAUGUAACCCGGGGGUGAUGAAGAUUUUAUGUAGCUCCGAGGGUAGAGAGAGACUGUCCCAAGCAGGACAUGCUUCAUUCUUGCUGUACUAUUUCUUGAGCCAAGUGGCUAUGGAGGAGAAUAUGGUAUCUAACAUCACUGUGAUGUUAUUGGAGAGGCUAAAGGAGUGUUCUACUGAAAGGUGGCAGAAGGCACUUUCACUGCACCAAUUGGGUUGUGUGAUGCUCGAGAGAAAAAUUUAUAGUGAUGCAGAGCAUUAUUUUGAAGCGGCGUCUGAGUAUGGUCACGUUUAUUCAAUUGCUGGUAUUGCGAGAGCAAAGCAUAAGCAAGGCCAACAAUAUUCAGCUUAUAAGAUGAUCGACUCUCUCAUCUCCGAAAACAGAAUGGUUGGUUGGAUGUAUCAGGAACGAUCUCUAUAUGGUGUGGGGAGGGAGAAAUUGUUGGAUGUGAAUUGUGCGACUGGACUGGACCCUAUGCUCUCAUUUCCCUAUAAGUACAGAGCUCUAAUAAAGGUGGAGGAGAAGCAGAUUAAAGCAGCCGUGUUAGAGAUUGAAAAAAUUAUUGGGUUUAGGUUCUUACCUGACUGCAUUGAGUUACGCGCUUGGUUCUUCAUUGCACUUGGAGAUUAUGGAAGUGCAAUGAGAGACGUAAGGGCUCUUUUAACUUUGGAACCGAAUUACAAGAUGUUCAACGCAGAGGUUAGUGGAGGCCAAUUGGUAGAUUUACUCAGCCAUCAGGUUCAGCAAACAAGCCAGGCUGAAUGCUGGAUGCAACUUUAUGACCGGUGGUCUUCUGUUGAUGACAUAGGCUCUUUGGCUGUCAUACAUCAGAUGCUAGAUAUUGAACCUAAAAGGAGUCUCCUCUGGUUUCGGCAAUCCCUUCUCCUCUUGCGGUUGAAUAGUCAAAAGGCUGCAAUGAGAAGCUUGAGAUUGGCUCGAAAUAAUUCUAGCUCUGAGCAUGAAAGAUUGGUAUAUGAAGGAUGGAUAUUAUAUGACACAGGCAAUCGUGAAGAAGCUCUCUCAAGGGCUGAGAAGUCGAUUGCUAUUCAAAGAUCAUUUGAAGCUUUCUUCCUUAAAGCUUACGUACUGGCAGAUACAAGCUUGGAUUCAGAAGCUUCCUCUUAUGUUAUCCGACUUCUGGAGGAAGCUCUUAGAUGUCCUUCAGAUGGUCUGAGGAAAGGACAAGCAUUAAACAAUUUAGCAAGUAUUUAUGUGGAUUGUGGCAAACUUGAAUUGGCUGCCACUUGCUACACAAAUGCUCUUGACAUUAAGCAUACGAGAGCUCAUCAAGGGUUGGCACGUUUAUAUCAUCUGAAAAGUCAAAGGAAAGCUGCUUAUGAUGAAAUGACCCAGCUUAUAGACAAGGCACACUAUAUGGCGUCAGCAUAUGAGAAACGGUCAGAAUAUUGUGAUCGUGACAUGGCGCAACAUGAUCUCAAUAUGGCUACCCAGUUGGAUCCACUGAGGACCUAUCCAUACAGAUACAGGGCAGCAGUACUAAUGGAUGACCAGAAAGAAGUGGAAGCUGUUGAAGAGCUUACUAGAGCCAUAGCAUUCAAGCCUGACUUGCAAAUGCUUCAUCUUCGAGCAGCAUUUUUUGAGUCAAUGGGAGAUCUCAGCUCUGCUCUCCAGGACUGCGAGGCAGCUCUCUGCCUGGAUCCAAACCAUCUGGAGACGCUCGGCCUCUAUCAUCGAGCACAAGGCAGAGUAACUGAACAAAAGAUAUGACUGAUUUGUUAUGAAAGUUGUCA